AUGGAGGGCAACAAACGACGAUUGGUGGAGGAACUCAUGAAAAAGUCCCACUACUUUUAUCGUCAACGAAACUAUCAAAAGACCAAGGAGACUUUAGAGACAGUGUUGGAGAUGAAGACAGAAGACUUGGGUGAAGAUGAUCUUGAAGUGGCGGAAACACUCUACCAACUUGGAGGUGUUCUGAGGACGGAAGGAAACUUCAGUGAAGCCUUGGAAAAACUCAAAAGAGCACUCGCAAUACGUGUUGCGAAAUUGGGAGAAAAUCACGCUGAUAUUGCAGACACCUACAGGGCUAUUGGCAGUAUCUUAUAUGAGGAACAAGAGAAUUAUGAAGAAGCCGAAAAAAUGUACCGGAAAGUUUUGGAUAUCAAGCUGAAAAUUUUGCCAAAUGAUCAUUUUGAUGUGACGGAUCUGUACAUGCAUCUAGGGUACUUAUUGACGAAGCAAGGAAAGUUUUCAGAAGCAACCAAGAUACAGAAACUCCAACUUGCGACACUACUAGAAAAACAUGGGGAAGACUACCCCAACGUUGUGCUCGUGUAUGAUGGUAUUGCAGAGCUCCUGAUACUGCAAAAUAGGUUGGACGAUGCUCUUCAGAUGCUUGAGAGAGGCAUCGAAAUUUGCAACCGACUGCAACCUCUGGGAGACCACAACAUGGAUAUACUGGCAAGAACGCUCCUCGAGAAAGCAAACAUACUAGACAAGCAGGGCAACUUUGAAGCUGCCGCGGAGACGUUCAAUAAAGUGGUAAGGAUACAAGUUGAAACGGUAGGUGAAAUGCACCCCGAAAUAGCAGGGACCUACGAAGCGCUUGCAAGGGCAUACAUCCAACAAGACAUGCCAGAAAGUGCCAUCGAGCCGUACAUGAAAGCCUUCCGCAUUCAUCGAAAGGAGCUUGGCAACGAUCAUGCUCACACUAAAGAGCUUGCGGUUUGCCUUGAAGUGUUAGAGCACCAGAAAAAUGCGAUAGCACUGAAUGAACAGGGAUUGUCGAUGAAAGCGGAAGGCGAUCUAGAAAGGGCGAUGAAACUUUUCGAAGAGGCGCUGGAUAUGCACAAGGAGGUCUCUAUUGUUAGUUUCACUAUAGUAUCUGUCUACGAGAACAUUGCGGCUGUCAAAGUUGAUCAAGGGUUGCUGGAAGAUGCCAUAGCUGCGAGUGCAGAAGCCCUCAAGAUUCGUCGAAGAAAACACGGCGACGACCAUGCGGACACAAAGCGAAGAAUGGAAGCUCAUAGAUCUUUGUUGAGACGUCUCUUGGAGACUCGGAGCUAA